GUCAGGACGGGAGCAGAGAGAUAAACCCACUCUGAGAGUUCCAGGGUCGGGGGACAAAAACACUGAAAAUCGUCGUGUCCUGCUUUCGCCCGGCACUGUUUGUGUUUCAUCACUUCAUCAAAGAGAGGGAGGCCAGCCCAGGAUGAACGGCGACUCAGGUGCGGGAGUGGUGACGGCCCCCCCUCCCACCACAGCCCCUCACAAGGAGCGGUACUUUGACCGGGUGGAUGAGAGCAGCCCGGAGUACCAGAGGGAGAGGAACAUGGCGCCUGACCUGCGGCAGGACUUCAACAUGAUGGAGCAGAGAAAGAGGGUCUCCAUGAUACUACAGAGCCCGGCAUUCUGCGAGGAGCUGGAGACGAUGAUCCAGGAUCAGCUGAAAAAGGGAAAGACACCCACAAGCCUGCUGGCCCUGCAGCAGAUCGCAGACUUCAUGACCACCAGCAUGCCUUCCAUGUAUCCCGCCGCGCCGCAGGGAGGCAUGGCGGCGCUCAACAUGAGUUUGGGGAUGGUCACUCCGGUCAACGAUCUGCGUGGGUCCGACUCGAUUUCUUAUGACAAGGGCGAGAAGAUUCUCCGCUGCAAGCUGGCUGCCUUCUAUCGGCUCGCUGACUUGUUCGGCUGGUCCGAGCUUAUUUACAACCACCUCACAGUCCGAGUGAACUCAGAGCAGGAGCGCUUCCUCAUCGUCCCUUUUGGACUUCUUUACAGUGAAAUCACUGCUUCCAGUUUGGUGAAGAUAAACAUUCAAGGCGAGAUAGUCGACCGGGGCAGCACCAACCUCGGGGUCAACCAGGCCGGCUUCACACUCCACUCUGCCAUCUAUGCUUCCCGGCCUGACGUCAAGUGUAUCGUGCACAUACACACAGCUGCAGGUGCCGCGGUGUCGGCCAUGAAAUGCGGGCUCUUACCCAUCUCGCCAGAGGCGCUGUCCCUGGGCGAGGUGGCCUAUCAUGACUACCAUGGCAUUCUAGUGGAUGAGGAGGAAACUGCCCUCAUACAGAAGAAUCUGGGGGCGAGCAGCAAGGUCCUCAUCCUCAGGAACCAUGGCCUGGUGUCAGUGGGUGAAACAGUGGAGGAAGCUUUCUAUUACAUCCACAACCUGGUCACCGCCUGUGAGAUUCAGGUGCGAACACUGGCAAGCGCUGGAGGCCCAGACAAUCUGGUGAUGCUGGACCCGGGGAAAUACAAGUCGCGCCCCCGGGUCCCCGAGCCGGCUGGUGAAGGGUCUGCCGCUCAUCCCAAGUGGCAAGUCGGGGAGCAGGAGUUUGAGGCCCUCAUGAGGAUGCUUGACAACUUGGGCUACAGAACGGGCUACCCUUACCGCUGCCCGGCAUUGCGAGACAAAGGCAAAAAGUACAGUGACGCGGAGAACGCUUCCUCCGCCCACUCGUACGGGGAGGACAGUGACUCAGGUGCUCGCUCCCCGCUGAAGCACAGCUUCCAGCGCGGCCAGCGCGACAAGACCCGCUGGCUCAAUGCCGGCGGCCGGCCCGACGAGCCCUACGAGGACGGGCCCGACGGCAGCAGCCCCAAGUCGAAGCCUAAGUGGACAAAGGAGGAUGGGCUCCGCCAGGCUGCCGCAGCCAAUCAGUUCAUCCCGUUGAACACCAACCCUAAGGAGGUUUUGGAAAUGAGGAAUAAGAUCCGAGAGCAGAACCUGCAGGACAUAAAGACGGCCGGCCCCCAGUCUCAGGUUCUUUGUGCCAGCUCAGUGGUGGAUCGCUCCUUCAACCAGGACGCCCCUCUGUCUGACUGUACAGACACUAUUGAUGGCCUCGAUGUGUCCGAGGGGUCCUAUAGUCCUGCUAAAUCUAUUAGAAAGGGCGAGCUCAUCACCGCGUCCAAGGCCAUCAUCGAGAAGGAGUACCAGCCCAAGGUCAUCGUCAGCAAGCAGGGCCCCAACCCCUUCACCAAACUGACCGACCAGGAGCUGGAGGAGUACCGCAGAGAGGUGGAGCAGAAACAGAAAGGACCUGAAGCUCCACAGCCUGCAGCAGCCUCCCCCGGCUUAAAGACCGCUGGGAGCCCGGUGCCCAGAGAGAAGGCCCCCGCCGCUCCUGCCGUGCCGGGGGAAGCGGAACAACCCCGGAGCUGCGCCGACGCCGAUGACGUUUUUUCAGCCCCGGACGAGGUUUUUCCCGCCCCGGGUUCUCCGCAUAAGGAGUUCCACUGUGCCGUGGUGCGGGCCCUCUGCAAGGAGCCGUCAGUGGUAGAGGCGGCAGAGGCAGGUCAGGCUCCAGAUGCAGAGCAACCGAUGGAGUCCGAGGAGGAGCCCAAAGCGCUGAAGCCCACCUCCACGCCGCCCAGCACCCCCGUCAGAGCAGAAGAAGAAUCCCUGCCCGAACAAACCUUUAAGGACGAGAGCGACGCCGCCACGCUGAGACAGACCCUUCCAGACCUGACACCCGACGACCCCUCCGACGCUCCGGCACUUCCCGCUGAAGACUCCGCCGCCGCCGCCACCACAGCAGCCGCCCCCGAAGCCGCGGACGCGGCCGAGGGGGAGGAGCCUGCCGACGCCGGCGAGCAGGAGGGCGACGAGUCCCCCAGCAAGUCUCCCUCCAAAGAAAAAGAAGUUCCGCACUCCUUCCUUCUUGAAGAAAAACAAAAAAAAGAGCGAGUCCUGAGUUGGAUGCUGUUGGAUGUGGUCACCGCUGGCCGCCGCCUCUUUUCGUUUUUCCGCUUCCUGUCUGUUAUCAUUGCCCCCGCCCCCCUCCCAGCAAGCUGCAGCUACUCGCCGUUCCGCUUUUCGUUGUUUUGAUAUCAUUUGUUGCUAGCUUAUUAACCUCCCCCCACCCUCGUCCCGCUAGUGUGUGCCAACUUUGUAUACAGUGUAAAAAUGAUUGCAUAAAGGUUUUUAAUUAUCGGAGGCUCUUAGUUGUGAAUGAGUGAUGCAUUCGGUCUCGUCCACUCCAUCUGGCCUUUCAAUGCAUGUCAAUUAUUUACAGGUCCACACUUGCGCUGUGAGCUUUUUAGGCUGUUAUCCUUUUUUUUUUUUCCCCUUUUUUUUUUCCAAGUGUUAUUAAACCAUAUAACCACUAGAAUGUAUUGGGAUUGUAUCAAAGUACUUUAAAAGUGUCUUUAAAAAAAAA